AUGCGUUUUGCGAUUAACAGGUUAUUUGUUGCAGCACAAACAGAUCAGUGUGUCAUGGUGCGUACCGCUUUUGUAUAUAAGAGAGGAUCAAGGUAUCAGGGAUCAGCAGACAAAAACUAGACUUCGGUUACUACGUCCGAGCUUCCCCAUUCGUCCGAAAGCGAGAACAUGACGAGGAGUGUGGCGUCUGUCGUUUGCAUCGUCUUCCUAGUUUUGACUAUCGUCGUCGCGAAACCGGUUCCUCAGCGAAGCAACGAUGGCGUAGUGGUCGCACCGAAAAAUACUCUGUACUAUCCAUACGCGUUUUGGUUCGUCAGACCAUACUACGACCAAGAUGACAUCGAUGUUGGCAGUUUCCAGUUAGAACGAAGAUCAUCUACCAUAUCGUACGCCAACAUUGGGGCCGGUUGGGGUCGUUAAAUUCGACGCUUCUUCGAUUUAUAACCAUCGGUUUCGAUGACAUGGUCGGCAUCAUAAAUUUAUAUUUAAUCGCGUUAAAUUAAUUAUAUAUAAUUGAUAACUUAUCAGAUUGUCGACGAGAACGAUGGAACUGACACCGUAAAUUAAUAAUUAAGUUAGUAAACAGGUACAAAAUAGUUUUACAUAUAUUUUCAUAUUGUUAUAAUAUAGAUUUAAUCAACGUCAAUGCUGAUCGCUGCGCGAAUUCUUAAUUGAAAAACAAUUAAACGAACGAAUUUCGAUCAGAACUGCCGUAAAUCAUGUCGAUUAAAAGAAAAAUCUACAGGACAAUUAAAAAGCGCUAUCACAACAAAUUAUUAUGGAAUACCUAACGGGCAGAUAUUUCGAUCUGUUCGAUACAAAGCUUGUCAAUUUGAUGGAUCAAUCGAAGAAAUUAAUGUAAGAAUUUGUAUCUGUAGCAAUUGAAACUAUCCAUAGAUUUAUUAGAUUUAUUCAAUGAUAACGAGAAAAUCCAACUUUAAUCCCACCGAUGUUAAUUUUCAUCGAUUCUAUACGUAAAUUGUACGUAUGCAAUUCUCAGAGAUUUUAUUUCAAGAAUAUAUUAUUCGUUUUGCAUUGACAAACACGUGUUUAAACUGAAACAAUUAUUGCAUUUGUGACUUAUCAAGGCGAUUUGACAAAUUUUUUUCUAUUAUUAAACAAAUUAUUAUAUAGUUUAAGAACCAUAUGUAUAUCAUUUUGUAAGCUUGUAUA